AUGUCCUCCUUAACCAGCCAAGAAUCUUCCAACACUCAGCCAAAGAAUCCUGUCAACCCUGGCGAGGAUACCAAAGGUACCUUCAAGGGUGACUCGAGCGUUCCGUUCAAGACUGGUGCGUCGGCAGACCCUGCGGGUCUGAGUGUUUCUAUGGAUAAGUCCGCACCCGGUCAGCAAAACGCCUCAGGUACUUCGGAGCAGCGCCGCGGAGAAGAUGUGACGCAGAAUACCAAGCAAGAGUACGAAGGAAGCAGCAGUGUGGGUACGAAAACUGGCAGCGAGAGCUUGAUUGAUAGUGUAGAGAAGAGUGUGCAUGAGGGUGGUGAGUCGGAUCGGAGUGGUGUGGAUGUUGGACAAGUUAGCACUGGGCGAUAA